AUGGCGUGCGCGUUUGUGGUCACCGACCUCGGCUUAAUGACGGUGCUGGGCGGCACUCUGAGCGUUGGAGGCUUCGUGGCGCUGGCGCCCGGCCUGGUGGGCUUGUGGCUCUCGCACAAGCCGGGCGUGCGCGCGGGCUUCUGCUGGCGCGUCGCCAUGCACACGCUCAUCUGGGGCGGCCUCGCCCUCUCGGUGGCGGGCGUGUUCCUGCGGGACAACUCGGCGGCGGAGCUCGGCACGCGCUGCUGGUUUGUGCGAGCCGCGUAA